AUGUCGUCCAAAAAUGAGUUAUCAUGUUAUUUAAAUGAGAAAAUAAUGAGCACUAUUGAAGCGAUUUCAUCAGUAUCAUUUAUUGAUAAUUCAAGUAUACCAUCAAUAAUACCAUCAAUAUUUCGUAAUAAUGCUGCUACCACUACUGAUAAUAAUUGUACUCUAUCGUUACAAUAUAAACUUAUUGAACAUAUCGUUUAUUUGUAUAUUAUGUCACCGUUAUGUAUAAUUGGUUUACUAUUAAAUAUUAUUAAUUUAUGGAUAUUUAGUGAUCGAUCAUUUAAAAAUUUAACGUAUAAAUAUUUGAGAUUAGUAGCAUUUGUUGAUUGUAUUACGUGUAUUCUCGUUUUCAUUUAUUGUGUAACAAAUUAUACGAAACCAUCAUCAUUAAAAGAUAAAUAUUUUCGUACAUGGUAUCUUGUUCAUGUCUAUUUUCCUUUAGCUAAUAUUACAGCUGGAUGUAAUGUACUUUUAACAAUAACGGUGACAAUUGAACGUUUAGUAAGUGUUCGAUGGCCAAUGGAAAAACAACGAUUAUUUUCAGCCAAUCGUGUAUUUAUUACACUUGUUAUCGUCUUCCUAUUUCCAAUUGUUGCCAAUUCAGUGAAUUUUCUUGUCUAUAGAGUAUCAAAAUGUAAUAAUGCCGAACCGACACAAAUCGCUUCAACAUUAGCCUACAAAUAUUUUGGAAUAUGUAAAGAAAUUUUGCUACGUUUCAUACCUAUUUGUAUUUUGAUAUGUGCUAAUUGUUUACUAUUAAUGACAGUAAGAAAAGCGCGACAAAAAUUUAAACAACCAACAAAAAAAAUAAAAAUCGUUUAUGAACAACGACCAUUAACAGCUAUAACACCACUUUCCGCUUCUUAUUCACAAAUUGAUACAGCUGUGGAUGGAAAUGGUAGUGGUUCAUGUUAUACAACACCGGUUAAUAAAUAUUUAUCAAAUUCUCAAUCACAAACUGAUGCUCUUCUUGUUGAUCAUCAAGAACAUUUUCACCCUCGUGAAUCAACAAUGUCAACAACAUCAUCGGUGGGUACUGGAGGCAUUAAUCGUGAAUCUAAAAUAAUUUCAACACCGCAUCAUUCACGAAAACAACAUCAAGAACGUCAAUUAACAAUUAUGUUAAUUUGGUUAUCGACGUUAUAUCUAUGCGGUCAAAUUCCAAUGUUAUUUGCCUAUCCAAAUUUUGUCUUUCGAAAUGUAUCGGGAUCAGCAUAUAAAUAUUAUGCACUAGUUGUGAAUCUAAUGGAAUUAUCUACCUAUUUGGCAAACUUUUUUAUCUAUAUCACAUUCACAACACAAUUUCGAUUAGUAUUUUUGUCAAAAAUAAAAAAUAGAUUUAUGUGCUAG